UAUAUACCCGGAAGUUUAGGGAACGCGAAAACCGCGUUUAUUAGAAGUUUUAGAACUUAGUUAGAAGAAAUCAGUUUGUCGAGAUUUAGACCCUGGAUCUAAUCCCAAACUAGCGCUGCAACAUGGACGGCAACCAAGUGCCUGAUCUAAGUGAAGCCUCAAGUAUGGAAAUCACUGAAGGUAAUUACGGGGAUGGUAGUGAUGAAUAUACGGACGAGCAAAACGAGCAACAUGCAUGGUACCAACAGCCACAGUUUGGCAGAUUUUGGCAACACUACGCAGCUAUGCAGUCAUGGAUGCAGACCUACGCCAGGAUGCACCAAAAUGGUUGCAGCCGGUACCCCGCCACGGGUUACCCACUGCCCAUGUAUUGCGGCAGUUAUCCGCACUUCCCACCCAAUCCCUAUCACAGUCAACAUUUCCCGCAAAGGACUUCCAUGUUCCACCCCCACUGGAACGUGAACAGCCAGAGAGCAGCUCAUCAGUAUGCAGGCCCCUCCCCCUAUUACCAUGACAGUGCAUCACAACAGAGAACUCAUCAUCGUGACAAGUGGGGGAGGGACCGUGAAUAUUUAAAUGAGGAAAUCGAGGACAGUGAUGAUGAUGACGAGGACAGUGAGGAGAUUGAAAUCAGCCAGGAGAUGCUGGAGUUUUUCCGGACGUCCCAGAAAUUCCGAGAGGAGAGAGAUCGAGCCAAAGCAGAGGCGGAGAAGAAGUCCAGUGGAGGCAAAAAGAAGAAAAACAAUCCCGUCAGGACGGAAGAGAAAAGCGACUGCCGGGCACCGGUAGAAAGACCAGACGAAGGCAGACGAAAAGGCAUGAAGGUUCUCUACGGAAAGCACACGGCCAGAAUUCACAGCAUGGAGACAGCGAUGCAGAUGCAGUUUGAUCGCAACUGUGACCGUCUGCAGCCAGCUUUCUGGCCCAUUGUGGCCCUCAAAAUGUGAAACUACUACCAGAUGUAGUAUCGCCUUUAUGAACUCCACGCAGAAACAGUAGAGGGCGGUGUUUGGCGAGAGCCAGUGUGUGAAGGACACAAUGUAUAUGUGCACGCCAUGGUUUUGCUAUACUAUGAAGAACUCGUACUAUUGUGUUCCUGGGCAAUCCCAUAAAUUCGGACUUACAUCAGACACUUUAUCCCACCUGCUGUUUAAACAGUCACAGACAGUCAAAAUGGCCAUCCACUUCCCCUGCUAUACUUUUAACAAAGGCUAGUCACCAGCAGUCGGAUCAUAUGUCCAGCAAGAGCUGUGACAAGUCAA